UGUUCGCAUUUCUGCCACCGUGGUUGUUUGAACGCUACGGCACGUCGUCACCGCACUUCGGUUCAGUUGUUGAGUUUCCGUGGCGGUAAUCGCGCGAUAUGGGUACGUUAGUGAAGCAAAUAUUAGAAGCCUUCUUCCCUGGAAGAUGCUACGACGAAAUAAUCGUACGGCACAACUUCGGAAAUGUGGACUGUCUCAAGUUGGCGCUGAGCAAAUGUCUAGGCUACGGCAUCAUAGUCGGAUCCACGCUGGUGAAAGUGCCGCAGAUCAUGAAGAUCGUGAAGACGCAGAGCGGUGAGGGCAUCAGCGUCACCUCGGUGCUUAUGGAGCUGAUGGGCAUGACGGCCACGGCUGCCUACAGCUACGCACAGCGAUACCCGUUCAGCUCGUGGGGCGAGGGCCUGUUCCUGAUGCUGGAGACGGCGCUGAUCGCGGCGCUCGUGAUGCGCUACCGGGGCCAGACGAGCCGCGUGAUGGGCUUCACGGCCUCCUACGCCUGCCUGCUGGCCGUGCUGAUGAUGAAGGUGGUGCCCGUGCCCGUGCUCUGGUCGGCGCAGCUGCUCAGCCUGCCCGUCAUCAUCUGCGGAAAGCUGAUGCAGGUGUGGAGCAACUACCGGCAAGGCCACACGGGCCAGCUGUCCCUGAUCACGACUGCGCUGCUCUUCCUGGGUGGCGUCGCGCGCAUCUUCACCUCGCUCACCGAGACCGGCGACCCGCUCAUCGUUGUCACCUUCUGCCUCGCCACCAUCUCCAACUCGCUCAUCUUCGGACAGGUUCUCUAUUAUUGGGAGGCCACCAACAAGCUGGUCAAAAAGAAGACCAAGUAGCCUCCCCAGAGUGAAGCCAGGCGCAUUGCGUGGGACAAUUCAAGAACCUGGUCUGUGAAACGAGGAUAUUGGUGAAGGAAAAGCCACUGCAAGAGAAAAAGGGAGGAUGGUCGUCCUCCUUUCUCUUCAUUGUCUCAUCGCUGCUGUCCGAGUAGGUACAGCUGACAGCUGCCGUUCUCGGCUACCAGGCGGUGUACUUCGUCCGCAUACGCUGCAGCAUGAGACAAAUCGCCCAUUAGCUUAGUGUGGCAUGGGCACUGGCAGCUGUGUGUGGGAAUGGAGUGACCUGUCUCGUGAUCUGCUUGGGGACUACACCUCGUUUCACUGCUCUCUUAACUGCUAAGGUUCUUUCACUUUAUUAUUGCCUAGUUUUUGUUAGACUUUAUUUUUCUGACUUUUUUGCCAGCCUAUUGCCUACUAGAGGAGCUAUCUUCAGUGAAGCAGUUGCAAGCUCCCCUGUUUCUUUUUUAUCAUACCUGCUUAUUUUCUCCUUUCACUAUUUGUACCAUUUUUGCUUGCUUCGUGCCAAAGCCACACUAGGUCAAGCACGAGCUGGUCGACAAUAUGCAAAAGUUGUUUCGCUGCGUCCUCUCAUGGCGCAGAAUGUAUAAAAUGUAAGAGAGGCACCUACUCGUGAUGGAAGCAAAAUACAUGUGUGAUAACAUAAGUAACAGUUUAAAAGGCUAACAAGAUGUAACAAUGACAGUUAUGUGGUCUCGAUUGUUAAGGAGCACGAUUUAGGUGCCCAUGCUAACAUUCCAUUGUAUGGUGCUGAUCACAAUUUGUGCCGUCAUCUUUCUGCGCCCUGACGCUACUGUAUUUGCUCCACUGUAUCUCGGAUGGAUUUGAGGUGCCACACAUUUCUUUGUUUAUGCUUCAUUUUGUGCUGACCUUUGGCAUGAGAAAAGUCCGCAAUAACAUGCUGCUUUCCUUGAUAUUCAUUAUGUUCUAGCCCCUAUCCUGUACGAAGUCAGCAGUCUUUAUUAAAAUUUUAUAGUUUUGUAUUCUACUUUUGCUGUCUUCUUAUGUCUGGUUGGCACCCAUGGAUUACUUGAAUGUGUGAAUACACUGUGGAAUUACUGUUUCUCGUAGACAUAAUAGGACAGGCAACUGCUGGGGGUUAUUAUUUCAACACUAGCAUUUACCGAGACCUUUCAAUAGUGGUAAUGGGAGAUCUCAAAUGCUUACCUGGCAGGUUGUAUGCUGGUCGCAUAGAGGUUGGAGACUACUGAUUGAUGCAGCUGCAAUGACCACCAUUAUCAAUUUAAGUGCUCCCUUUUCAUGCCUUCUUAUCACUCAUGAAAAAGGACAGGAGUUGACAAAACCUAAAUUACAAUAGAGAAGAUCAAUUGGUGCUAGAGAAAGUAAGACAUCGUUACUGUGGGUAAAAGAAGUGAGCAGAAACAGGAAUAAUGUACAUACAAUUGUUAGCAUGCUCAAUAUGGAAGUCAGAAUAGUGUACGAGAAUUUAUCACUACUGACCUUUUCAAACUGCAUCAUUGAACAUGUCACUGGAACCAAGUGGUGCAGCUUGCUGCAGCUGACAAGAACGGUAUAAUAGAUUCUGCAGUGAAGCAUACUGACUUUUUGUAGCAUUGUAAUAAAGUACAAAUGAAAUAUACGUCCAGAAUGUUUACCCAAACAGUGUUGCACUUCUCGAGGUUAUUAUUCUGUCUGGGUAACUGCGAUCGCUGUUAAGUGCACUUUCAGCAACAUAUAUCACAAGGUGUUGAUUUUUGUGUAACACCACAUGUACAUGUUCUGACAGGAAUACAAAAGGCGAGUGAUGUUAAAGGGACCGACAACUGACCAUAAUGUGUUUUGAGGUCCUGGUGCUAACAGUGUGACAAUGAUGUUGCACAAAAUGAUGCGCAAUGAUUGCACUUAAACAUUGUCAUUAAAUAUGUGUAUGGUUCCCUAAAUGUAGAUGCCCCAGCUGUUUUCAGAUGGAUUUCUUGUAGAUAAAAAAAGAAAAACCUUUGAUGUUCUUAUGGCAUUUGGACGCUCAGUUGUGUUAUUGUAAACAGCCGAUUGCUUCAGUUAAAAAUGGCACUGUCUCUGCACAUGAGAACAGAAUGCAUAAACGUGUCCCAAUAACAUGGUAACAUGUAUGAAUAAUUGCUGUACUUGUUUGAGGCACUGUGUGAGCAAUAUGAAUAUAUUAGAAUGCCAAGAAUAUGCUGUGCUGUGAAGGCAUAUGAGCGUUGAUGCAUCGUUUGAUAAAUAUCUGCACCUUUUCUGCCAAAACGGCACAUGUUUCCUGGCACUAUGUCUUUGCAGUGUGCUAUUACCUUCACCAUUAGCCAUUUGUGUUGCUGACAUCCAUACACAAUUAUUCAGAAUAUCGAGAUCGAGAAAUCUUAUCUGCCAAAUUUACUGAAAGUUUUCUGAUUAACUGUCAUGGUUAUAGAUGCUUUAGACAGUGAACUUUCCAGUGCACUGAAAGUGAGGACAUCUUUGCAAAUUGGUUGUCGGUCACUUUAAAGAUCAAAGGCGCAUGCAAGAACAGUUAUUUGAGGGUAAGAGUAUAUCACAGCGUGUGUAUAUAAAAGCUUCGGUUCUGCAGGUAUGUAGCUAGUAUCGCCAUUGAUUCUAGUUUAUCUUUGUGCAGAUUGCUUACAUGUUUUGCACGACCAUGACCUCUUUCACAUUGUAUAGAGUAACAAAAGACUGGAGUUAAGAACCGUAUGAUUCAGGGAAAGCAAACGAAGGAAUGAAAUGAGCCUAGAACGCUUCUGCUUCAGUACUACAACACUGCAGUUGCCAGGCUCCUCAAGGAAAAUGCACUGUCAGAAAAUAAUAUAUAUGGAGAGUAAUACAGCAAACAAUAAAUUGCAGCCAGUAUGAAUGAGGGUAUGGCAUAGUACUGAAUCCAUCUAUUGUUAUCUUUGUCAUUGUACCACUUUUCUGCCUCCUUCUUUGUGUGUUCUCUGACAGUGUUUUCGAUAAUAACAUUCUAAAACUGUUGAACUGUU